AGAGAAAAGGAAGGGAAGUGACCGGGGAUAUAACCCAGAUCAAGACAUGAACGCGCCAAGUGGCCGGAAGCUUGGGACCUAGUGAGUGGCACUGCAAUCAAGUCGGAGAGGUUAGUCCCUUAGCGGGAAGGAUCUAGAAGAGUAGUAGAUAGAUAGUAGGUUAGGAUGGGAAGCGGAAAGCGGACACACCAGAUAGUACCGUUGUUAAUAAUACCGGGCAAGACCAAUCAAUACACCAGAUACCGUCAGCCAAGGAGGAAGGAAGGAAAUGAAGUAAGUAAGAAAGAAAGAAAAGAAAAGAAAAAACGGGGUAUUCUCUUGAGAAGAUGGCAAAAACUGCUGAUUUAUAAUUUAUAAAUAAAUUUCCCCAUUCCAUACAAGGCCGAAUGAUGGGCCAGGGAUUUUGCCUCUGGGGGCUCGGGAACCGUGAACCAGAGGCGGCUUUGUCAGGCACUCAACGUGUUCUCUUCAGUUGCGGUGUCUGGAUCCUAUCUGGUUCCCCCCCGUCGCUGCGCCAGAAUUGCCGGUUCCAAUCCGACAGGGCUGAACCAUACCAUGACCGUGCUUCUGUGAGUCCGGGCGUUGGAGUCACUUGGCCUGUUUAGUAGUCUUUACGACCGGAUUAUUAC